AAAUAUGACCUGUGACUGGACACCACGUAUUUGCUGAACACCAAAUUAGGGCAACUCAUGACAUUUUGCCAGCGGUUCCAUAGAAAGUUGUACCGCCCAGUUUGUGCCGAUUACGUAACAGACUGGCAGCUCCUGUUCUGCCAGAGCUGGGACGCCACAGCAACUGUUUGGUAUGCAGUCCUGCUUUUCCCUUCCUUGCCUGUGACCAGACUUGGAACUCAGCUUUAGAGAAAAGUCUACGCGAUCAAUCCAAGGAGCUGAAUAUACUUCAAGAGGAACACGACAAGUACAUGAAUGCAGCGUCUGAAUUUCAAGCGCUCUAAUACACAGAAGAACUAGUUUUGCUCAGUGCAGAUCCUCUGCUCCACGCUGGAAAUGACGGAGGCCAGCAUCCUCUUCUUCCGUGCCUGCCUCGCUCUGCUUGCCAUGCCUGUCUACCUACUGUCGUUGCUGGGCAUGUGGGAGCCUUUCUGUAAAAAGGUAUUUUUUCCUUUCUUCUUAGAGAAUUUUUCUACAAUUUAUGAAAGGAAAACAAAGAAGCAGAAGCAGGAGCUAUUUCGUAAUCUACCUGACUUUGCAAGCCCUUCUGGAGAGCUGAAGCUGCUGGAGAUCGGGACUGGCUGUGGUACCAACUUCCAGUUCUACCCACCAGGCUGCAAAGUCACGUGCACUGACAUAAACCCCAACUUCCAGCAAGGCCUUGAGAGAAGCAUGAACAAGAACCAGCACAUCCACUACGAGCGUUUCCUAGUAACUGCAGGAGAAGACCUGCACCAGGUGCCCAGCGGUUCCGUGGAUGCUGUCAUCUGCACCCUGGUCCUCUGCUCUGUGCACAACGUGAACAACACCCUGAAGGAAGCACUGCGAGUGCUCAGACCAGGAGGCGCUUUCUAUUUCCUAGAGCACGUGGCCGCCGAUCAUUCCAGCUGGACGUAUUUUUGGCAGCAGGUCUGCUAUCCGACUUGGAAACUCGUCUUUGAUGGAUGCUGCCUAACGAGAGAGAUAUGGAAGAAUCUGGAACAGGCCAGCUUCUCGGAGCUGAACUUACAGCACAUCAGCGUGGCGCUGCCCUGGAUGCCCAUUCAGCCUCACAUCAUGGGGUACGCUGUGAAGUAACUCACCCCGCUCUGCCAGGCCUUCUCCCCUGCCCCUCCCCGAAACUCUUUGGUAUAAUAAACGCAAACAACACUGCACAGGCUAAUCCAGAUGUCUAAAGCUAGUUAAUACUGCGAAAGACUUUAACUUUUGGAUUCAAGCGCCAGAGGAGCGCUUUUCCAAACCUCUCUGAAGCUGUCGCGCGGCUGACUAUGCCUUGCCAGACCCCAGCACAGCCCAUGGAGGAUGCCAGGAGGAGACUGCAGAAUGCAAACCAGCCCAGCAGGGAGGAAAAAAUGGCAAAGCAGGAACUUAAGGGAACUUCUGCCUACGUCUGGGUGGCUCUGGGACAGGAUUCCUUCAGGUGUUUCCCACGCUGGGCAGCCCGGGCUCCGUGAGGCAUUGCGCACUGCUCCCCUCUCCCCACGCUCCGCCAGAGCCGUUCCCGUUCAGCCUCACAGAACGAGCAGUCAGAUGCAAAACCUCCACAGCCCGUUUGGCUCAGCCGCGCGUUAAUUACCUACAAAAAUCCGGGGGGGGGGGGUGCAAGGGGAAGAGCAGGCACGCACCCCGCCUCCCCACAUAGCGCUCACCAAAGCCUCCCGGUCGCUUGGCUGCCCGCCCGCCCGCCCCUGCGCCGUCACCGGUUCUAACGCUGUUCGCCACCGGAGCAUUAAAAAGAUUCGUGUUUAAA